GUCCCGAUGGCCCAGUGCGUGCAGUCGGUGCAGGAGCUGAUCCCGGACUCGUUCGUGCCGUGCGUGGCCGCGCUGUGCAGCGCCGAGGCGGAGCGGGUCACCCGACGGAAUCACCUCAGCUUCGCCGAGCUGCUGAGGCCCUUCUCGCGCCUCACGUCCGAAGUUCAUAUGAGAGAUCCUAAUAAUCAGCUUCACAUAAUAAAGAAUUUGAAAAUAGCAGUCAGCAACAUUAUCACCCAACCGCCUCAGCCAGGAGCUGUUCGGAAGCUUUUGAAUGAUGUAGUGUCCCUCAGUCAACCUGCAGAAGGAUUAGUAGCUAAUGUGUUUACUGCAGGAGAUUAUGACCUCAACAUUAGUGAUCGUUCAAUUAAAGCUAGUGUUCCUUGGUACAAUAAUUGGAAAGACACUCUGAUGGAACUGAAAGAAUCCACGUUAUAUGCAGCUACUACACCCUGGUUUGAGUCAUACAGAGAGAGUUUUCUUCAGUCCAUGCCAGCGUCAGAUCAUGAAUUCCUAAACCACUAUUUAGCAUGUAUGUUGGUAGCUUCUUCUAGUGAACCGGAACCUGUGGAACAGUUUUUGAAGUUGUCACAAGAACAACAUCGAAUUCAGCACAGCAGCGAUUAUUCCUACCCCAAAUGGUUUAUACCCAAUACUCUCAAAUAUUAUGUGCUGUUACAUGAUGUAAGUGCAGGAGAUGAACAAAGAGCAGAUUCCAUUUAUGAAGAAAUGAAGCAGAGAUAUGGAACUCAGGGUUGCUAUUUACUUAAAAUUAACUCUCGAACAUCGAACCGGGGAACUGAUGAACCGAUACCAGAUCCUUGGAGUCAGUACCUCCAGAAAAAUAGUAUUCAAAACCAGGAAGCCUAUGAAGACGGUCCAUCUACUGUAACCUCCAACAAGAAUGUUGAGAGCAGCUUGCUUUCGUUGGAUGGAUUGGACAGUGAAGGCAAAGUUGGUGGAUUACCUAAUAAUUUUAAAGCUCACCCUCUACAAUUGGACCAUCACAAUGAUCCUGGCAGCAGCUUUGAUGGCACUGAUCACAUGAAAUCGUCUGGAUCUUUGCAUGAAACAAAGAAAGCAAGUACUGGAAUACUUCACGGCGUAUGUUUGACCCUGACCGACCACGAUCGAAUCAGACAGUUCAUUCAAGAAUUCACGUUCCGGGGGCUUUUACCACAUAUAGAAAAAACCAUUAGGCAGCUAAACGAUCAGUUGAUAUCGAGAAAAGGUUUGAGCCGGUCAUUAUUUUCUGCAACGAAGAAAUGGUUUAGUGGAAGUAAAGUUCCAGAGAAGAGCAUUAAUGAGAUGAAAAACACAUCUGGCCUGUUAUACCCACCGGAAGCUCCAGAACUUCAAAUCAGGAAAAUGGCUGACUUGUGCUUCUUAGUGCAGCAUUAUGACUUGGCGUACAGUUGCUAUCAUACUGCAAAAAAGGAUUUCCAAAACGAUCAAGCCAUGCUUUAUGCUGCUGGCGCCUUGGAAAUGGCAGCAGUCUCAGCUUUUCUCCAGCCGGGAGCCCCUCGGCCCUACCCUGCUCAUUACAUGGAAACCGCAAUUCAGACCUACAGAGAUACCUGCAAGAAUAUGGUGUUGGCUGAAAGAUGCGUACUGCUUAGUGCUGAAAUUUUAAAAAGCCAAAGCAAAUACUCAGAAGCCGCGGCUCUCCUGAUUCGGUUGACGAGUGAGGAUUCUGAUCUUCGAAGUGCACUUCUUUUGGAGCAAGCAGCCCAUUGUUUUAUAAAUAUGAAAAGCCCCAUGGUUAGAAAGUUUGCCUUUCACAUGAUUCUGGCUGGCCACCGGUUUAGUAAGGCAGGGCAGAAAAAGCAUGCCUUACGGUGUUAUUGCCAAGCCAUGCAAGUGUACAAAGGAAAAGGCUGGUCUCUGGCGGAGGAUCACAUCAAUUUCACAAUUGGUCGUCAGUCGUUUACACUCCGGCAACUGGACAAUGCUGUGUCGGCCUUUAGGCACAUUUUGAUCCACGAGAGCAAACAACCUGCUACUCAGCAAGGGGCCUUCCUGAGAGAGUAUCUCUAUGUUUACAAGAAUGUAAGUCAACUGACUCCGGAUGGUCCUUUACCACAGCUCCCCUUGCCAUAUAUUAACAGUUCAGCAACGCGGGUUUUCUUUGGUCACGACAGACGGCCAGCAGAAGGUGAAAAGCAAGCAGCCACACACAUAAGUCUUGAUCAAGAAUAUGACUCUGAAUCUUCUCAACAAUGGAAGGAGCUUGAGGAACAGGUUGUGGCUGUAAUUAACAAAGGAGUCAUUCCAUCAAACUUCUUUCCAACCCAGUAUUGUUUAAGCAACUAUUCUGAUAACUCCAGAUUUCCACUUGCAGUCGUAGAAGAACCUAUAACAGUGGAAGUGGUUUUCAGAAACCCCUUGAAGGUUCCACUUUUGUUGACUGAUUUAUCUUUGAUUUGGAAAUUCCAACCUAAAGACUCCAGUGCAAAGGAUAACGGAGAGUCCAAAGAUCCAGUAACAUUUGGAAAUGAAAUGAUUGGCGCUGAAGUUAUAUCAGAGUUUUUAAUUAAUAAUGAAGAGACCAAAGUGGCAAGGCUAAAGCUCUUUCCCCAUCGGACAGGAGAGCUGCACAUUCUGGGUGUGGUUUAUAACCUUGGCACCAUUCAGGGUUCCAUGGCGCUGGAUGGCAUUGGCUCUGUACCUGGAUGUCAGUCAGGAAAACAUGCUUCAAAUGCAAUGUCAGUACGAGGGCGACAGGAUUUAGAAAUUCAAGGACCCCGACUUAAUAACACAAAAGAAGAGAAAACAUCUAUUAAAUACGGCCCAGAUCGUCGGCUCGAUCCCAUUAUCACCGAGGAAAUGCCGUUAUUAGAGGUGUUCUUUAUAAACUUUCCUACAGGGCUUCUCUGUGGAGAAAUCCGGAAAGCAUACGUAGAAUUUGUCAAUGUGAGCAAGUGUCCUCUUACUGGAUUGAAGGUUGUUUCUAAACAUCCAGAGUUCUUUACCUUUGGCAGCAACACUACUGCCCUAACACCACUGAGUCCCUCGGCCUCUGAGAACUGCAGUGCUUAUAAGACCGUCGUGACGGAUCCUACCUCGCUCUGCCCUGUGCUUGUGUCGUCAACGUCCUCUGUUGAUUUUGGCCUGGGCCUAGGAAAUCAACCAGAAGUGAUCGAUGUCCCACUUCGUGACUCGCUGCUUCUCCCUGGGGCGUCAGUCCAGCUGCCGAUGUGGUUGCGUGGACCCGAUGAAGAAGGGGUCCAUGAAAUAAACUUUUUGUUUUACUAUGAAAGUAUUAAAAAGCAGUCAAAGAUAUGUCAUAGGGUAUUGAGACACACUGCAGUAAUUUGUACAAGUCGAUCUCUGAAUGUACGAGCUACGGCCUGCAGAAGUAAUGCUCUUGAGGAUGAAGAAGGCCAAGGAGGCAAUAUGCUAGUAUUUGUGGAUGUGGAAAACAUCAAUACUAGUGAAGCAGGUGUUAAAGAAUUUCAUAUAGUGCAAGUAUCAAGUAAUAGCAAGCUCUGGAAGUUACAGAAAUCUGUAAAUCUCUCUGAAAACAAAGAUUCCAGACUUGCAAGUCGAGAGAGAGGGAAGUUGUGUUUUAAGGCUGUAAAAUGCAAACAUUUAGAGGCAGUUGCACAAUCAGAAAAGUACACAUUUGCAGAUAUCAUCUUUGGGAAUGAACAGAUAGUAAGUUCAGCCAGUCCGUGCGCAGACUUCUUUUUUCGAAGUUUACCAUCGGAGUUGAAGAAAUCACAUGUCCAGCCUUAUGUGCACACUUCUCUAGUAGCUGAAAAGCAGUCUUUUGGUGAAGCGGUGCGGCUAAUUCAGAAAUGCAGUGAGGUGGAUUUAAAUAUCGUUGUCCUGUGGAAGGCAUAUGUUGUGGAAGAAAACAAGCAGCUCAUUUUGGAAGGCCAGCAUCAUGUUGUUCUUCAUACUAUAGGAAAUGAGGCGUUUUCCUUUCCUCAAAAACAGGAACUACCAGAAAUGGGUCUCUUAAAAUUUAGUCGGACAGAAAACACUACAGUUUCCGCAAGACCUACAGCAGAGCAGCUUUCCAACCUCAUAAAAACCAGUCUUCGUUAUCCAGAGUCUUUUAAUCAUCCAUUUCAUCAGAAAAGCCUAUGUCUAGUCCCAGUCACCCUCUUACUUUCCAAUUGUUCUCAGGCUGAUGUGGACGUAAUAAUCGAUUUGCGGCAUAAAACAACAAGUCCCGAGUCCCUGGAAAUUCAUGGCUCCUUCACUUGGCUUGGGCAAACGCAAUACAAACUUCAACUUAAAAGCCAGGAGAUCUACAGCCUACAGCUGAAAGCGUGUUUUGUCCAUACAGGGGUCUAUAACCUUGGAACUCCUAGAGUAUUUGCCAAGUUAGCGGACCAAGUCACGUUGUUUGAAACGAGUCAACAGAACUCCAUGCCAGCAUUGAUCAUCAUCAAUAAUAUUUGAUCACGUGCAGAUUUGUACUGAAAAACCAACAUAAUCAAAUCCACAUUAUUUUGCCGAAUGGAUUUUACAGCAGCUUGGGGAGCAUCUAACAUGUUACGAAAGAUGGUGUAGGAACAAAUAGCAAGAUAUUCCGACUACUUCAUUUAUUUUAACACAACGCACGUUGGACUGAGAAUGCAUCUUUUCUUUUUUUUUUUUUUGUAUUCCUUUCAUCUCGAUUGGUUAUUUUAAAUGCUCACAGCCCAGAAUUUGUCUAUACCCUUGCACCUUAGGCCCUGUUUAAAAAAAAAAAGUAAUAUCUAAGAUUGCUGUUACGGUUUACAGAAUGAUUCGUGAAUGGUAGUGGCCAUUCUAGGAGAUGAUUUCAGGAAAAAAUUAAAAAAAAAAAUUGGGGGUGGGGAGAAGUGGGGACCCUCUGUUGGCUCUUCUGUUCUUAAGCCGUUAGGCUGUAGUUUCUCAAAAUUCCAAUUUUACUGUGAAGUUCCUUCGAGUGUUAAAGUACAAAUUCUGCCACUCCUGCUCUAUCAUCACUUCUCUCCAAUCAGCUCAGGGGCCUGUGUUAAUGGAAGUCCUUUUGGUCCAUGUCCUACUGGUCCCUUUGGCUUCUACGUACCUUUGUACAAAUUGAGUUCUCUCUGUUGCUCUGGGGCUUCAUUUUGAAGCCUUAUUGCCGACUCUCUCCCUCAUUCAUCUCAGUUCCGAAUGCACUAUUUCGCGACCAUGGGAUUUUUGUCAUUUAAAUUAUCAUUCACUUUAUUAUGUCACCUUAACAGCUGAGUCGUUCAGUUCAAAAUUUAAAUCUACUCGAGUUAAUUAAAAGUAAGCUUUUCAAAAAAAUGUAUUAUAUUUAUAACAAAUGUAAUGUAAAUAGAAUAAAACAUACACCAUAUCCACCG